AUGCGCCUGGAAGCUGCCAUGGGGGGACGAAUCCAUGCCGGCAUGGCAAACGCCGUCAAGGAGAGUUACUCGCCGAAAGAGACGAACCCCAUCUGGCAGAGUUACUUGAUAGUGCAAUUGUCUCUUCAUAAUGAGAGUCUGCAGACCCUGGUCGAGACUCAGAGAGGGUUAAAUAUUCUAGCCAGUUACGAGGCGGAAGAUGUCAAGUCUAACCAGGUCGGCCGCAAUAAUUUCAACAAGCUCAAGGCAGUCAUGCUUAGCCAACUUUCUCUUCCCAAGCUAUUAAAGACCAAAAACCGUGGUCGGCAGGCAUUCACCACGCACGAGGCCCUGGGAAUGGCUUUCGGGCAACUCAAGGCUGUUGACGACGGCUUAUUCAAAUACCUGGCCCGCAUCGGGGAGAACGUUUUCAUCCGUCAAGCCAACGCGGCGGAUCUCCUUUGA